AUGGAGACCAGAAGCCUCAGCGACAGCGCGGGGGCUCAGAAAGCUCAAAAUGCGACCACAGUCAUGGACACAAUUUCCGGUACUGCGACACAUAUUGAAGCCAAUAUCGAGCACAUAAAACCAUCACGAAUGGUCCGCCGUCGGCGCUGCAGUUAUGUGGCAGGGGAAAUUGAAAAUGAAGGUCAGGAGUCUGCUAUGGGGAUGACCUACGAUUCGCAUUCAACAAUGACUCCUGGUGUUACCCGCCCGAAGCUAUUGACACUCUCUCCGAGCAAUAGCUCAAUCUCGUCACCACGAGGAAGGACCCCGCACCGAACUCCACCAUCGCCAGGGCGAACAGCCCAACGAUCUCCUUUACAGGCAAAUUCACCCGCGUCCUUGAUAUUUGAACGCAGUGUGCAGGAAGAUAUUCUGUUACCCCAGACGUCGCCGUCGAUUCCGUCCCAUAUUAGAACAGAGAACCACAUUCCUCCGGUCCUGGAAGCAUCCUCGGCGGCAAUCACGGACAACGGGCUCGACCCUGAAUCAGUUGAGAUUAUUACUCGUAACAUACAUCAUCCUGCCACGGCUGCGUUCCAUGCAGAACAUCCCUUGCAAUCACAUUCAUCCAACAGUGCAAUGAACAUUGAUGAUUCUGAAGAGAUCCCAACGGCUAAUCAAGGUCUCGAAGCAAAUGAUAUACGUCGCUUAAGCUUUAUCUCUUUUGCCGAUGUCAUAAAUGCUGAGAAUGCCGAAACAUCUGAGUACCCGCUGAGCAACGAGUCUUGCCACAGGGCCUCGGGCAGUCCCAAUCCGUCUGCCAGAGCGUAUCGCAACAUGUCCCCGUCGUCGUUGCACUCACCAACAUCUUCUCAUGGGUUUGGGACUUCACCGCCGACGAGCAUCUCAGCGUCUUUUAAUGGGCUGGAGCUUUCUCCAAAUCGAGGUGUACGAGGUGCUGAGAGUCCGCUUUUUGCUGCUCAAAGACCAGCUUCUCCCAGCUUUGGUGGUGACUUAAACAUUGAAACCAUGGGCCAGGCCUUACGGCGAACGGGGAGCGGAGACCUAGGCGCAUUCCGGAACCAACUGCCGAAUACAAUGGGUGCCUAUGAUUGA